UUGAUUACAAAUUAAAUUGAUGGCUAAUGACAUUAGGUUGAUGGGAUUUGAUUGAGAUUACCAUUUCCAUGGAUCCCAUGCCAUGGGAAUUGGAUCAAUCAAGUAACCAUAAUAAAAAGAACAAGAAAACGUGCCUAGGUUGUCAAAUUAUUCUCUUCAGGCAAGUAUCUGAUCGCUGACAGGAUCAAAAUCUGGGUAUAAUUACAUUUGCUUUGCACCUUUGAAACCUGAAUUGAAAUUCAUGUUGUCUUUUUACUUUCGAAGAUUUCUUAGGAUUAAACGAAAAAAAAUAACAAUAAUAAAGUUGUUUACUUGUCAAAUUUUUCCUUGAAAACUUUCAUCGAGCACUAGGCGGCGAAGUCGUGAACUUUCCAUUAAAAUUUCUCAAAAUGGAGAAGGAAGCGAUUGAUGGGUGUUCUUCUCUUGCUUACAAGCUUUUAUUCUCAUGCCCUUUUGGUCUUUCUCCACCACAGCUGUCAGUGGUUUUCGACGAAUCAUACGAUAGAAUUCCUCAUUCAGACAUAAGUUUGGAGAACUCCAUUUCUGAGAUAUGGGAUCUGAGGGUUCAGAAAAAUGCAUCUUUAUUCAAUGGCAAGAAAUUUAGGUAUGGAGGAUAUAGUCAGAAGAGUGGAGAUGGAUCAAACCAAGAAUCAUACGUAUGCCUUCACCUUGGGUUGACAGAUUAUAGAACUUUCGUGGGAACAAACUUGAAUCCUUCGUGGGAAAAAUUCUUGGUUGCAUCAGAAGAUGACUCAACACGGUGUCAACACACCUCAAGCCCUCUAGGUAAUGGUGCAAUUGUGGAGACAUCUGACAAGAAAAUAGUAGUGCUGCAAAGAAGUAACAAUGUUGGUGAAUUUCCUGGGCAUUUUGUUUUCCCAGGAGGCCACCCUGAGCCUCAAGAAGUUGGCAUAGAAACCCAUGAAUACGGUAAGGACUCAAAAGAUUCUGAGCUUGUUAAUAAAAGGGUUUCCCAAGAGAUGUUUGAUAGCAUUAUUCGUGAAGUUGUUGAGGAAAUUGGAGUACCAACUACAUCCCUAUCAGAUCCACUUUUUAUUGGCAUAUCUCGCAGGGUUUUGAAUGUUAGACCAGCUAUCUUUUUCUUUAUUAAAUGUAGUCUUCAAUCAAAAGAAAUUCAGCAGCUGUAUUCUAAUGCUCAAGAUGGCUAUGAAUCCACUCAACUUUAUACAGUCUCAAUGCAAAACCUUUGGUAGUGGCCGUGGCAUAGCAUGCACUGGUUGAAAGUGAAGGAGGGGUCGAUUUUAAAGUGUGGUAGGGCUUAAAGUUGACUGGAGUGUUUCUUACCCUCUACGCCCUUUUCACCUGCUGGGGACUAUGCUGUAGAGUAAAAACCUUUCUUUUCAAAAGUUGAAUGGACAGUUUUAAAAGCUGAGUCUUCGAGGAUUGAGUCAAAUAUCCCAACUAAGAGCUUUGUAUUGUACUACUCAGAGUUAAUAAAUUUAUAUUCUUUUUAUCUUUUAAACAUGUUAUUGCAUUUUGUUUCUGAUAAUCAGAUUGAACUAGAGCGUAUGGCAUUAAAAAUGCCUGGCUGCCAUCAAGGUGGAUUUGCUCUCUAUAAGCUGAUGGUUGGAGCCUCGAUGAAUAUCUGAUGAUGGUUCAUAGCUUACUGGUCUAUU